CCAGCCAAGCGGACUGGUCACACUGCACCAUAUAUAAGCCCACGAAACGGAUAUCGCUGAUUCAAACGGUCGAACAUUUUUCUUGCUGCUCGUACGUGCGUUUUAUUGGCCGCUCGCGCUCGUAACGUUUUUUUCGCCCCGUUUUGGCCAAUGUGUGUACGCGCGCGUGUGUGUGUGCUGCUUGCAGUUCAAAAGGGCAGCGACAACAACAAGAACAGCGCACCUCUCUUUUAAGCCAAGUCUUCAGCGCUCGUAUGUUUGUGUGUGUUGGUGUGAUUCAGAAUCGUGGCCUGGGAAGAAAUGGCAAAUUAGUUGGCUCAAAGCGGAAUCUCUGUGCUCAAUAUUCAAAUUCAGGCUAGAAAGUGUCGCGUGCGAAAGUGUGCAAAUACUACAACUAGCAGAAAGAGAGGAAUAUAACUUAAAAAAAUAAAAAUAACCUGUUCUAAGCCAAGUGCCGAUUGCGCGCGAGUGUGUGUGUGCGUGUGAGUGUUUGCGUGGAUCAGAGAAAAGGAGAAAGAAAAGGGAGAAUGCAAUUACCAACAACAACAAGCUCAAUGAGUAUCGUUUGAAUAGCAAUAAUAUCUAGCCAAACACAACCCUUUCCAAUACGAAAACACGACUUGAGCCAACAAAUCAGCGAUCAUGGCUAAAAUCGCCAAUGCGUCACUGUCGCAACAACAAAAACAGCGGCAAGCAGCAACAGCAACGACCACAACAACAACAGUGGCGGCAUCAGUAGAAACAGCAACAACAACAGCAAGAAGUCGAGACCGCACGAAAAGCGCAGCUCAAAUUACGUCGCAUUUGCUCAAGCGCGCCAUUUCAGUUUAUUCGUCGCCUCAAUGGAUACCGCUCUUCAUACUUAUUUACUUAGCAACAGAUGUCGCCUCAGUGGCGGUGCCGACGAAGGAGGCGUACUUUAAUGGCUCCACUUACCUCCGCCUCACCACGCCGAUGCCCAUUUGGGACCACUCGGCGAUUAGUUUCCGCUCGUGCCGCGGCGGCGAGAUCCUCGCCCAGCAGUACAACAAGAACUCCAUUGUAAUCUCAGUGCUCAAUGACUUUCUGCAAAUCUCACUGGCUGGACCCGCCGUCCAUGGGCCCAACAACCGGCUGGAUGUCAAGCUGCCCUACCAACUGCUGGACAACCGCUGGCAUACGCUGCAGUUCAAGUACGAGUACGGAAAUCUCUACCUGCAUGUGGAUCGCGCGGCAAGCAUAUUUGCCAACUCCACGUACAACAGUCAGUUCCUGACGAACCAGGACAUCGGCUACAAGGACGCCAUCUUGAUACUGGGAAACUCCUUCUCCGGCUGCCUUCUGGAUGGACCAGGUCUGCAGUUUGUGAACAACUCGACGGUGCAGAAUGUGGUCUUUGGUCACUGUCCCUUGACCCCGGGUCCCUGCAGCGAUCACGAUCUUUUCACCCGACUGCCGGACAACUUCUGUCUGAAUGAUCCCUGUAUGGGCCAUGGAACGUGCUCGUCCAGUCCGGAGGGAUACGAAUGUCGGUGCACGGCACGUUACUCGGGAAAGAACUGCCAGAAGGACAAUGGCUCGCCGUGUGCCAAGAAUCCAUGCGAGAACGGUGGUUCCUGCCUGGAGAACUCACGAGGUGAUUACCAGUGCUUCUGUGAUCCUAACCACAGCGGUCAGCACUGCGAGACGGAGGUUAACAUCCACCCACUCUGCCAGACGAACCCCUGCCUGAACAAUGGAGCAUGUGUGGUGAUUGGCGGCAGUGGAGCCCUCACCUGCGAGUGUCCCAAAGGAUACGCUGGUGCCAGGUGCGAGGUGGACACGGAUGAGUGCGCCUCACAGCCGUGUCAGAACAACGGAAGUUGCAUAGACCGUAUCAAUGGAUUCAGCUGCGAUUGCAGCGGCACCGGCUACACAGGUGCCUUCUGCCAAACGAAUGUGGAUGAGUGCGACAAGAAUCCGUGCCUGAACGGCGGCAGAUGCUUCGAUACCUACGGAUGGUACACCUGCCAGUGUCUGGACGGUUGGGGCGGCGAGAUUUGUGAUCGACCCAUGACAUGCCAGACGCAGCAGUGUUUGAACGGCGGUACCUGCCUGGACAAGCCCAUCGGCUUCCAGUGCCUCUGUCCGCCGGAGUACACUGGUGAACUGUGCCAAAUCGCACCCAGUUGCGCCCAGCAGUGCCCCAUCGAUUCGGAGUGCGUAGGCGGCAAGUGCGUGUGUAAGCCAGGCUCAUCGGGACCCAUUGGUCACUGCCUGCCAACAACAACCACACCGACACCAGAACAAGAGCCAACAACAACGCCCAGAACAACAGCAAACCCUAACCCAGCUAUUCCCAACACCCUAACAACAACAACCAAGAUACCUCCAAUAACAACCAGCCGAACACCGGUGGGAACGACCACGGGUAGCAGGAAACCACCACAACAGCCACUGCAAUCUCCGACCCAACGCUCGGCCUCCCUGAAUGCAUGUCCCCAAGAAAACUGCUUGAACGGUGGCACCUGCCUGGGCUAUAGUGGCAAUUAUUCCUGUAUUUGUGCUAGUGGAUACACAGGUUACAACUGUCAAACGAGCACGGGCGAUGGAGCUUCUGCUUUGGCCCUGACACCCAUCAACUGCAAUGCCACCAAUGGAAAGUGCCUAAAUGGAGGCACCUGCUCCAUGAACGGAACUCAUUGCUAUUGCGCCGUCGGCUAUUCGGGAGAUCGUUGCGAGAAGGCCGAGAACUGUUCGCCACUGAACUGCCAGGAACCGAUGGUAUGUGUCCAGAAUCAGUGCCUCUGCCCGGAGAACAAGGUGUGCAACCAGUGCGCCACACAACCGUGUCAGAAUGGCGGAGAAUGUGUGGACCUACCGAAUGGAGACUACGAGUGCAAGUGCACUCGGGGAUGGACUGGACGCACCUGUGGCAACGACGUGGACGAGUGCACCCUGCAUCCGAAGAUCUGCGGCAAUGGUAUCUGCAAGAACGAGAAGGGAUCGUACAAGUGCUAUUGUACACCUGGAUUUACCGGAGUUCACUGCGAUUCCGAUGUGGACGAAUGCCUUAGCUUUCCCUGCCUCAACGGAGCAACGUGCCACAAUAAGUUGUUUUUCUUUAAAUUCGGAAAGCAUCGGAUUUUGAGACAAAUAAAUGCCUACGAGUGCGUUUGCCAACCAGGAUAUGAGGGCGAGAACUGCGAAGUGGACAUCGAUGAGUGCGGAAGUAAUCCCUGCUCGAACGGAUCCACCUGCAUUGACAGGAUCAACAACUUCACCUGCAACUGCAUUCCGGGAAUGACGGGCCGCAUCUGUGACAUCGACAUUGACGACUGUGUGGGAGAUCCCUGCUUGAAUGGAGGUCAGUGCAUCGACCAAUUGGGUGGCUUCCGUUGUGACUGCAGUGGCACCGGCUAUGAGGGCGAGAAUUGUGAGCUGAACAUAGACGAAUGCCUCUCGAAUCCGUGCACGAAUGGUGCCAAGUGCCUGGACAGGGUUAAGGACUACUUCUGCGAUUGCCACAACGGCUACAAGGGAAAGAACUGUGAGCAGGACAUCAACGAGUGCGAGAGUAAUCCCUGCCAGUACAAUGGCAACUGCCUAGAGCGUUCGAACAUGACGCUCUACCAAAUGAGUAGGAUCACGGAUCUGCCCAAGGUGUUUAGCCAACCCUUUAGCUUUGAGAAUGCCAGCGGCUACGAGUGCGUCUGUGUGCCCGGCAUCAUUGGCAAGAACUGCGAGAUCAACAUUAAUGAGUGCGACAGUAAUCCAUGCAGCAAACACGGAAAUUGCAAUGACGGGAUUGGAACCUAUACCUGCGAAUGCGAACCUGGCUUCGAGGGCACCCACUGUGAGAUCAACAUAGAUGAGUGUGAUCGCUAUAAUCCCUGCCAGAGGGGCACAUGUUAUGACCAGAUAGAUGACUAUGACUGCGACUGCGAUGCAAACUAUGGAGGCAAAAACUGCUCCGUUCUUCUCAAAGGCUGUGACCAGAAUCCUUGUUUAAAUGGUGGCGCUUGUCUCCCGUAUUUAAUCAACGAAGUAACUCAUCUGUACAACUGCACCUGCGAGAACGGCUUCCAGGGCGAUAAGUGCGAGAAGACCACCACUCUGUCCAUGGUGGCCACUAGCUUGAUUUCGGUUACCACGGAACGCGAGGAGGGCUACGACAUUAAUCUUCAAUUUAGGACCACACUGCCCAACGGAGUUCUGGCCUUUGGAACCACCGGUGAAAAGAAUGAACCAGUUAGCUAUAUUUUGGAGCUGAUUAAUGGACGACUUAAUCUACAUUCCUCGCUCCUAAAUAAGUGGGAGGGCGUGUUUAUCGGAUCGAAGCUGAACGAUAGCAACUGGCACAAGGUGUUUGUGGCCAUAAACACUUCGCAUUUAGUCCUUUCGGCCAACGACGAGCAGGCUAUCUUUCCGGUUGGCUCCUAUGAAACGGCCAACAAUAGCCAGCCUUCAUUCCCGCGCACAUACCUAGGCGGCACCAUUCCCAAUCUGAAGUCCUAUCUGCGCCACCUCACCCACCAACCGUCAGCUUUUGUGGGCUGCAUGCAAGACAUAAUGGUCAAUGGGAAAUGGAUCUUUCCCGAGGAGCAGGAUGCGAAUGUCAGUUAUACCAAGCUGGAAAAUGUCCAGAGCGGUUGUCCGCGCACCGAGCAAUGUAAACCGAAUCCCUGCCAUUCGAACGGUGAAUGCACGGACCUUUGGCACACCUUCGCUUGUCAUUGUCCCAGACCAUUCUUUGGACACACAUGUCAGCACAAUAUGACUGCUGCUACUUUUGGCCAUGAGAAUACCACCCACUCGGCUGUGAUUGUGGAGACCACAGAUGUGGCUAGGCGAGCUAUUAGAUCCAUUCUAGAUAUUUCCAUGUUUAUUCGUACCCGCGAGCCAACCGGUCAAGUCUUUUACUUGGGCACCGAUCCACGCAAAGCCCCCACUAAAAAUAUUGGAGACUCAUAUGUGGCGGCCAAAUUACAUGGCGGAGAACUGCUGGUUAAGAUGCAGUUCAGCGGCACUCCGGAGGCCUACACCGUUGGUGGCCAGAAAUUGGACAACGGCUAUAACCACCUCAUCGAGGUUGUGCGCAAUCAAACGCUCGUGCAGGUCAAGCUCAAUGGCACCGAGUACUUCCGCAAGACGCUGUCCACGACGGGUCUGCUGGACGCACAGGUGCUUUACUUGGGCGGACCUGCACCCACACGCGAGUCUCUUCUGGGAGCGACCACAGAACCAGGAAUAAUUCCAGUUCCGGGAGCAGGAGUACCCAUUGAGGACACAACAGUGCCCAAGGAGGCGGACGACAGCAGGGACUACUUUAAGGGCAUAAUCCAGGACGUGAAGGUCAGCAACGGCUCGCUCAACCUGAUUGUGGAGAUGUAUUCCCUGAACGUGACGGAUGUCCAAGUGAAUGCCAAACCUCUAGGCGCUGUAACCAUCGAUCGCGCCUCCGUGUUACCUGGUGAGGUGUCCGAUGAUCUGUGCCGAAAGAAUCCGUGCCUUCAUAAUGCCGAGUGCAGGAACACAUGGAACGACUACACUUGCAAGUGUCCCAACGGAUACAAGGGAAAGAACUGUCAGGAGAUAGAAUUCUGCCAACACGUUACAUGUCCGGGACAGAGCUUGUGCCAAAAUCUGGACGAUGGCUAUGAGUGUGUUACUAACACCACAUUUACUGGCCAGGAACGCAGUCCUCUUGCCUUCUUCUACUUCCAGGAGCCGCAAUCUGACGAUAUUGUCAGUGAAACGGCUCCCAAGCAGACCCUUAAACCGGUGAUUGAUAUUGCCUUCCGUACUCGUGCUGGAGGAACUCUCCUGUACAUCGACAAUGUGGACGGAUUCUUUGAAAUUGGAGUAAACGGAGGACGAGUGACCAUCACCUGGAAGCUAAGUGCACUGCAUUUUGGCGAGUCUGCACGAUUUGAGAAGGAGAACACCGACGGAGAAUGGAGUCGCAUUUACCUCAGGGCACACAACAGCAAACUGGAGGGUGGAUGGAAGGGAUGGGAAUCGAUGGUGGAUCCGACGCCAGCUUUUUCCACGGACAUUGACCAAGCGGCCUUCCAGUCCCUGAUCGCUACGAGCACCCAGGUUUACUUGGGUGGCAUGCCAGAGUCGCGACAAGCACGUGGAUCCACUCUCUCCGCCCAGCAGGGCUCUCAGUUCAAGGGCUGUGUGGGAGAGGCAAGGGUGGGCGAUCUUUUACUGCCCUACUUCUCUAUGGCGGAACUGUAUUCGCGCACCAAUGUUUCAGUACAGCAAAAGGCCCAAUUCCGUCUAAAUGCCACACGACCUGAGGAGGGCUGCAUCCUGUGCUUCCAGUCGGACUGCAAAAAUGACGGAUUCUGUCAGUCUCCAUCGGAUGAGUACGCCUGCACCUGUCAACCUGGAUUCGAGGGCGAUGAUUGCGGCACGGACAUCGAUGAGUGUCUUAACACGGAAUGCUUGAACAACGGCACCUGCAUCAACCAGGUGGCAGCUUUCUUCUGCCAGUGUCAGCCAGGAUUCGAGGGUCAGCACUGUGAGCAAAACAUCGACGAGUGUGCGGAUCAGCCGUGCCACAACGGUGGCAAUUGCACGGAUCUUAUCGCCUCGUAUGUGUGCGACUGCCCGGAGGACUAUAUGGGCCCGCAGUGCGACGUGCUGAAACAAAUGACCUGUGAGAACGAGCCAUGCCGGAACGGAUCAACCUGCCAGAAUGGAUUCAAUGCUUCUACUGGCAAUAACUUUACAUGCACAUGCGUGCCAGGCUUCGAGGGUCCACUGUGUGACAUUCCCUUCUGUGAAAUAACGCCUUGCGACAACGGUGGCCUUUGCCUGACCACUGGAGCGGUACCGAUGUGCAAAUGUAGUCUGGGAUACACUGGUCGUCUGUGCGAGCAGGACAUUAACGAGUGCGAAUCGAAUCCAUGCCAGAACGGAGGUCAAUGUAAGGACCUCGUCGGCAGAUACGAGUGCGAUUGCCAGGGUACCGGAUUCGAGGGCAUUCGCUGUGAAAAUGACAUCGACGAGUGCAACGUGGAGGGAGAUUACUGCGGCGGUCUGGGCCGGUGUUUCAACAAGCCCGGAUCCUUCCAGUGCAUUUGCCAGAAACCCUAUUGCGGAGCCUACUGCAACUUUACGGAUCCCUGCAACGCUACGGACCUCUGCUCCAACGGCGGUCGCUGCGUGGAGUCCUGCGGCGCCAAACCGGACUACUACUGCGAGUGUCCGGAAGGUUUCGCGGGCAAGAACUGCACAGCACCGAUUACGGCCAAGGAGGACGGACCCUCGACCACAGACAUUGCCAUCAUUGUAAUUCCCGUAGUGGUGGUGCUGCUGCUGAUCGCGGGAGCCCUUCUGGGCACCUUCCUGGUGAUGGCCAGGAACAAGCGGGCCACCAGGGGCACCUACAGCCCGAGCGCGCAAGAGUACUGCAACCCACGGCUGGAAAUGGACAACGUGCUGAAGCCACCGCCGGAAGAGCGACUUAUUUAGUUUUGAGUUUUGAGCAUGAACGACGAUUAGCAAAGCAAACAAAAGAUAUUUUUAAAUCCGCCCAUAUACACCUAGCUGUAGGAGUAACGCAAUGUUUUGUACUAAGUUGGCCCCUAGUUAUGGUUUACAUCUUAAGGUGCUCAAAGCAAUAUCAGCAGCAGCCAGGCUUCCACCUCGACUCGUCCCCGAUCCCUGCCUACGCUUUAGUUAGUUAAUAAUGCCGUUGUCUAUUUAUUCUAGUAGUUUAGAUGACAUACGUACCGCCCUAUAGUCGUUAUGUAGUUAUGUUCCCAUAGUUUAGAUUCAGUAUUCGAUUUCUCGUAUAUGUAAUCCUAAAGCUGCGAACAAAGUUGAGCUCCGACGUCGAUUUCCCCUUUGCAUUCCACAAGGAAGCCCAUCAAAUGUAUUGUACGAGUAUUUUUGUAAAUAAGAUUGUUUGCCGACUCUUAAACUAAAUUAGCUGAGCUAAAAUCGAAAUUAAAAACCGAAAAUCCUAUAUGCCUAUAUAUACGCGAGUAUAUAUAUCAGUAAAUGUGGCCUUAUAACAAAAAAAAAUUUAGUAACGAAAAGCAAUGACAACUAGAACAGAAAAAGUAUUGGUUAAGUAAAUCAAAUAAAAAACAUAUUUUGCUCUAGAAUAUCUAAGCGUAAACUUAAGAGACUGUACUAUAUAAUAAAUAUUAAAUAUUUCGACUUUUUCCAA